CACAAAUCGUCUGAACGAUUGGGCGACGAGCACAUCAAUCGAUCAAUCGCGGGAUCUCCUCGGAUCCGCAGCUGACCGCAGGUUAGUCGACUUGGAUGACUUUGCCACCCAAAAGUCACAACUUUUAAAGCGCCCAUCAACCAACCCGCUCUUUCUCUUCUCUUCACCACCUCACCUCUCACCUCUCAACUUGCGCACACCGCAAUGCUCCUCAAGGAGGGCGACUCCGCCCUCACGAUCCCCAAUCUCCCUCCAUCACCCCCACUCACGCCCUCGCGGCCCACCUCGCCCCUCAUCCCCCAGGUGAACGGGUACGGCGGCACGCGCCGCGUGUCGCUCUCGUCGUCGCUCGCGCGACAGCCCGCCGCCGCGCCAACGGAGGCACGCUUCGCGACCUUCACCCUUGCGGAGAAGCACCGCGGCCUGCCCCUCACUGCGCGCCUGUGGCUCCAGAGCCGCGUCGUCCGCGCGCCAGACACGUACCGCUCCAAGGGCCGCCAGCGUCCCCAGACGCUCGCAAACUAUGCCCUCGCGGCCGACCUCGUGCGCGCGUGCUUGCCCCGCUGCGCGGUAGUGUUCGCGCCAGAGCACAGGCGCAUGCUCCCCCGUCUUGGUGUGCACCUCCUUUGGCGCGUCCUCGAGGGUGUCGGCCCCGCUGCUAGGUUGUGGGCCAACUGCCGGAUUCUCGAACUCGUCGAGGACAGCCUCAAGGGUAACCCUGUUGCCUUCCCCGUCGCUGCCGCCGCCGCCGCGACCGUCAUUGGGCUUGCGCUCCUCGACAACCUCUCUUCCACCUUCUUCCAGCGCAAUGAGCAGAUCCUGACGAACUACGUCUCGUACCACAUGGAACGCACGUACAUCGGCAUCAGGCUCGACGAGACGAUUCCCCAGCUCACUGACCCAAUCCACACGGCCCUCAUGUUCGAAGGAGGCGUGUUCGCCGGCCUCGAGUACUCGUGGUCUGCCGGAGGCGGCGGUGGUCCCAUGAGCUGGGUCAAGGGUCUUGGCCGUCUGCUCUCCGGUGUCAUUGCCGUGGGCAGUGAGUCGUACCUCAUGUACCGCACCGUCAAGUCGUCCAACUCCUAUGGCACGCUUGUGGUCAUGGGCAUGGCCCUCAUCCCUACCAUCCUAGGCUUCUUCCCCAACGUCUUCAACGCCCAGCCAGUCGACUCGUGGGACGACGCCAAGUAUGUCAAGAGCAUCCGCACCCGCGACGCCAUGAACGAGGUGGUCCUCGAGGUCGACUACAAGCAGGAGCUCAUCCUCUUUGGCUUCAAGGACUGGGUCAUGGAGCAGUGGGACGGUGCCAGGCAAGCAAUGGACGAGCACGACCUCCACAAGGAGUACUCAUUCAAGUCGAGUGUGCUCAACAUGUCGAUGAUCAACCUUGCCCUCACAAACUCUGUUUACGUCCUCCUCGCCACCAAGGCUCUCGUCACCAACCUGUCGCUCGGUCAAAUCAACCUCCACCAGGCCACUGCUGUCGCCCUCUUCAGCCAGGUGCAGCAGCUGUCCCUCACCUACCGGGAUAUCUGGGAUGCGACCUGGUGGUUUGGCUCAUUCUGCGCUCUCCUCGACAUGCAGACCCACAACAUGCCGACGAUCGACUACGACACGCACCGGGACCGUCGUGGAAUGAAGCUCGAGGCCAAGAACCUUUCGUUCACGUACCCCGGCGCCGACGAGCCUACGCUCCACGACAUCAACCUGACAAUCAAUCCUGGAGAGGCUCUCGCCAUUGUCGGUUUCAACGGCGGUGGCAAGACGACCCUCGUCAAGGCGCUCAUGGGCAUGCACCGGCACUCGGGAGAGUUGCUCGUCAAUGGCAUUCCUCUCGAGGACUACAUCCCGUCGACGCUGCACGCCAGGACCAGUGCCAUCUUCCAGGACUUCAACAAGUACCAGUUCAGCGUGCGUGGAAAUGUCGCCAUUGGCGACAUUGCCCGGCUCGACGACGACGAGGCGAUCAAGCGGGCUAUCGUUCGUGGCGGUGCCGAGCCAGUACUCGAGAAGGCGGGCUCACUCGACAAGCGGCUUUACCCCUGGGGCACGCCUGCGGAGCACAACAACGACGUCAAUGCUGAUGAUGUGGACACGGACGACGACGAGGAGGAGAAGGAGGAGGAGAAGACGGACGAGCAGAAGGAGGCCGAGGACGAAGAUGACGACGGCCUGUCGCUUUCGGGUGGCCAGUGGCAGCGUAUCGCGCUCGCCCGCGCGUUCAUGCGCGCCGACAGCGCCGACCUGGUCGUGUUUGACGAGCCGUCGUCUGCGCUCGACCCGCGCGCCGAGGCCGACCUGUUUGACCGCAUCCACUCGCUCUCGCAACGCGAGGGCCACCGCGCGACGACAAUCUUCAUCUCGCACCGGUUCAGCACUGUGCGCCGGGCUGACAAGAUUGCGUUUGUGGCAGACGGCCGGAUCAUCGAGUACGGCACGCACGCGGAGCUCAUGGCGCUCGAGGGCAAGUACCACGAGCUGUUUAUGCUUCAGCGCCGCGGGUUCGAUGGCGACGACUAGGUGCUGAGCCACGAGAAGCCGCAGGCUGCGAGUGAGCGGCGCUGUUCUUGCCUCGUACCCUCCUACCCACCCACCCCCAAAAUGUAGAAACAACAUAGAAUGGCGUCGGCUGGCGCCUGUCACUGUAUAACACCACUGUAGUAACCAUCUUCUUGCAUCAUAGACUCGAAUUCAUGCAGAGUCAUUACAACAUACA